CACGCUCUUCUUCCAACACCGAGCACUACAGAUUUCUCCACACUCCGCCACUCCAAUUUGUGAAACAGAGGGAAAGCACCGGCGAUCUCCUUUCUCUGAAUCCAAGAAGCGAAAAAGACGAAUCGAUGGAGCGCUACAGACUGAACCCGAACUUCAAUGGAGCCGCCGCUCCUCCUCAAAAACCCAAUCUUUUCCUCAGCCCAACUUCUCAAAUCUCCCUUCCCCCGAAACCCCACUUAAAAGACCCCCCAAUCUCCCCUUACCUCCAACCCCACCGACCAAACCCCUCCGGCGGCGAUCAUCUCCGCCUUUCUGCUGAUGACUCCGAGCUCAGCAUCUUCAACGCCGAGCGUUACUUCAACGAAGGCCAUGAUUCUAACGAAACAUCUAAAAAGCUCACUCCCAUCGCGGAAAGGCGCGACCUUUCUCCGGUUAGCUUACUCGACGGUUUCAGCCGAAACUCCCGAAGCCGCUCUUUUCACACGACUCCUACUGUUUCCUCCGAAGCUAGCUGGAACAGCCAAGCCGGUCUUCUCAAGAAUCCACCUGGCUCGCUUUCCAUUACCGUUAAAAACUUCCCUGCUACAGAACAGGGGAAGGGCACAGCUUCACCCGGUCGACGGUUUUUCCGCCGCAGAUGUCCUUGCUCCGGCAAGAAAUCCGUCGACGUCGAGGAGAGCUACUCUGAACCCAAAAUCACCAUCCGGCCUAGCUUGGAUUCCACUGCUAGCAAUCAGAACUUGAUCAAAACAGAGCAAGAAAUGGAGAAGGCCACAAAAGUGAAAGUUUUCCCUGGAAUACAGCCAAAAGAAAAGGAAACUUUUCUCUUUUCACCGGAACUCACUCGCCGGACUGUGAACUCCGGCGGGUUCUCCUUCCCCAUUCUCGCUUCAUCCAAGAAGAAAGCCGUGGAAGACCCCGCAAGAGACUCGCUUGAAGUGUUUCAACCAACGACCGACGGAACAUCGUCUCCCGUGCUGAGAAAAUCUACAGAUUUUCAAAAGAAUGCGGAUCGCCGGAGUUUCAACAUGCCAGGAAGCCCCAAGCUUCGGUCCCCAAUCGACGACGACUUGGCAAGUGAUGCUAGUUCGGAUCUUUUUGAAAUCGAGAGUCUUUCAACUCAAAUAAACAGUCGCCGGAGUUACUCCAUCGACGAGCUUCCUUCGCUGGCGUUCGAACCGAAGAAGAUCGCCGGAAAUUUGCCGCUCCAGCGAAGCAUUGAAGAGGAAUGCUACCCGCCGAGUGAGGUGAGCGUUUCAUGGAGCGUAACGACAGCAGAGGGUUUUGAUCGCGCAAGCGCUGCGAACUUUUCCAGCGCUGUGUCGGAAUUCGACGACCACCGGUUCCAGCCGUUCUCCGGCGAGGGGAAGAAAGCCAUAACUGUCGGCGGUUUGCUUAGCUGCCGGUCGGAGAAAGCCGUUUGUGUGGUGGCGCCGCAACUCGUCCGAUUCGGACCGGAUGUGCAACGAAGGACCGGGGGUUCUCUUUUUGCGGUCGAGCCGGAUCGUGUGCUAGGAUUAGCGAGGCUGGGGGCUGCGAAUCCGGUUCGAGAUAGCGCCGGGUUACUUGGUCCGAGAUCGGUUUGUGUGAACCGGAUGGUUCAACCGAUUAAUGCGAGGGUUUAUUGAAAUGGUUGGAGCUCGCGAAGUUUCUGUACUUGUUCUUAUAUUUAAAUAAUUUUGAAUCGG